GGGGACAUUAAGGGGUUUGUUAUCAAGGCUGAAGAGAAAAAGGUGAGCGCCUGGCCGCCGAAGCUCCGCGACUUCCGAAGAUGACCGGGAACCGGUUUCACUUUCUUGCGUUCCUCACAUUAAUGUUUGUACAUCAGAGCGAUGCUCUCAUCAGGGUGCCUCUGCACAGGAUGCGCUCGCUGCGCCGCCGGCUCUGCGACAGCGGCAUGACGCUGGAGCAGCUGCGCUCCAAGGCGGAGGAGCGCGCAGGGUACAGCGUCGCCGCCGACCAGCAAGUGCCUGUAGAGCAACUCACCAACUUCAUGGAUGCUCAGUAUUUCGGGGUGAUCAGUAUCGGCUCUCCGCAGCAAAAUUUCUCCGUGCUGUUUGACACCGGCUCCUCCAACCUGUGGGUUCCCUCUGCCAGUUGCUCUUUCUGGAACUUUGCCUGCUGGCUCCACCAACGAUACGAUUCCAAGAAGUCUAGCACCUACGUGAAGAACGGAACCAAAUUCGCCAUCCAGUAUGGCAGCGGCAGCCUGUCCGGGUUCCUCAGCCAGGAUGUGGUCUCGGUGCAUGAGUCGUCAGGGUUUUUACAAAAAGCUUCUUCUCUGUGUGUUUGGUGGUUUGAUGCACAGACCUGUCUGUCUGUCUGUGACCGUGCCUUUCAGGUGACCGGUUUGCUGGUUUGUUGGACUGACCUGUCUGUCCGUGACUUUGCCUUUCAGGUGGCCGGUUUGGACAUUCCCAGACAGCAGUUUGGGGAGGCGGUCAGCCAGCCGGGCAUUGUGUUCGCCCUGGCGCACUUCGAUGGCAUACUGGGAAUGGGAUACCCUUCCAUCUCUGUCGCCCAGGCCACUCCGGUCUUUGAUUCUGCCAUAGCAGCCAAAUUGCUGCCCCAAAACGUCUUCUCCUUCUACCUGAGCAGAGACCCUGCUGCACCUGUGGGCGGAGAGUUAAUGCUUGGCGGCAUUAACAAUGAGUACCACCAGGGGGAGCUGCACUACCUGAACGUGACCCGCAAAGCCUACUGGCAGAUCAAAAUGGACAGCGUCCUUGUGGGGAACCAGUUGACGUUGUGCAAGGGUGGCUGUCAGGCGAUCGUCGACACGGGCACGUCCCUCAUCACCGGCCCCGCCCAGGAAGUGCAGGCCCUGCAGAAGGCCAUCGGGGCCUUUCCUUUGCUGAUGGGCGAGUAUUUCAUUAAUUGCAAGAUGAUCCCAUCGCUUCCAGUUAUUUCCCUUACUCUUGGGGGGAAGCAGUUCAAUCUGACGGGAGAGGAUUACAUUCUGAAGGAGUCCCAAAUGGGCCAGAAAAUCUGUCUGUCCGGAUUCAUGGCGCUGGAUGUGCCCCCCCCGGCCGGGCCCCUCUGGAUCUUGGGAGACGUCUUCAUUGGUCGGUACUACAGUGUGUUUGACAGGGACGCCGACCGAGUGGGCUUCGCUUUGGCGAGGCCGGGGCGCUAAGUGGGGCCGAGUGACAAGCAAGGAAGGAGAGACCAAAAUGCAACAACAUGCAGGCUUGGUUUCUUAGCACAGAACAAAACUACUGUACACUUAACAUGGUUUUAACACCUUGCAUUGUCACGGCAAGUUGCAACACCAUGUACGGAGUGACCAAUUAACAUCCUUUAUUUCAGGAAGUGUGUUUAUUUUAGCUAUAUGCAAGGGUGGAUUUUGCUGAAAUACCCAAUGCGGCAGCGCUGCCUUUAGCGUUGCUGCCGAGAUGCACUGCUUCACCUUGACGAUUUUUGCCUAGAUUAAUACAAGCAAACGCUUUAGUCUAACAGGAGCAGCAGUGUACAGUGACUCAGUUGGUUUAAGACCGCAGUGCUCGUUUCAGGCUGAAGCCGCUUUCAACAUGUAAAACGAUGUUUCACAAUCUGUUAAAAUGCCAGACAAAUAAAGACGAAAGACACCGA